AUGGUUCGCCUUCGCGAGAUCCCGAGGACCGCGGCCUUCGCCUGGUCCCCCGACCCGUCAAAGCCACUUUUGAUUACUGGUACCAGAGCUGGAGCUGUCGAUGCCGACUUCUCUGAUGAGACCAAGCUGGAGCUGUGGGACCUGAACCUUGACAACCAAGACCAAGGCCUCGAGCUGCAGCCCAUAGCUAGCAUCAGCACCGACUCGAGAUUCUAUGACCUUGCCUGGGGACCUCCCGAUUCCGACCAUCCCAGGGGCAUCAUCGCCGGUGCUCUGGAAAAUGGCUCUCUCGACCUCUGGGACGCCGAGAAGCUCAUCGACGGCGCCGAAGACGCAUUCAUGUCCCGAACAACGAAGCACACCGGUGCAAUCAAAUCCCUCCAGUUCAACCCCCUCCGACCCCAAAUCCUCGCAACCGCUGGCGCGAAGGGAGAACUGUUCAUUUACGACGUCAACGAUGUCGAGAACCCGUUCCGUCUCGGGACCGCCGCCGCCCGCGCAGAUGAUCUGGAAUGCGUCGCAUGGAACCGCAAGGUUGCCCACAUUCUGGCCACCGGUGGAUCUGGUGGCUUCGUCACCGUCUGGGACUUGAAGACCAAGAAGGCGUCUUUGACGUUGAACAACAACAGGAAACCCGUCAGCGCCAUCGCCUGGGACCCCAAUAACUCGACCAAGCUCCUCACCGCCACGUACGACGAUACGGCUCCUGUCAUCUUCCUUUGGGAUCUCAGAAACUCCAAUGCGCCGGAGAGGACGCUCCAGGGACACGAACAGGGCAUUCUGUCCUUGUCUUGGUGUCAGCAGGACAGCGACUUGCUGCUUUCGUGUGGCAAGGACAACAGAACCCUCAUCUGGAACCCUCAGACGGGCGACCGUUACGGAGAGUUCCCCGAGGUCACAAACUGGACCUUCCUCACUCGGUUCAACCCUUCCAACCCCAACCUCUCCGCGACCGCUGGGUUCGAUGGCAAGAUCACCAUUCAGACACUCCAAAACACCAACCCCUCAAACACUCAGGCCGCCACCACGAACAACCUGGACGGCGAGGAUUUCUUCACGAGCGCUCAGACUCAGCCUCAGGGAGCAUCUUUCUCCCUGAAUAAAGCGCCCAAGUGGCUCGAGCGCCCCAUCGGAGCUUCGUUUGGAUUCGGCGGAAAGCUCGUCAUCUUUAAGCAAAAUGCCCAGCAAAGGUCUACCAAGAUUUCCAUCUCCCAGUUUUCCGUCGACUCGUCCAUCGGCCCCGCGACGGAAAAGUUCGAGGAAGCUCUGCAAUCGGGCGACGUUGUCAGCCUAUGCGAAUCUCGUAAGGAGCAAGCCAAGAGCGAGGAGGAAAAGGCAGACUGGCUUGUCAUGGAGACGCUUACGGCCGAGAACCCGCGCAAGCGCAUCAUUGAGUAUCUCGGCUUUAAUGAGGAGGAGAUUACCAACGGAGUCUCAAGCAAGGACGAAGAUAAGACAGAGGAUACUUCAGAUGAGAAGAAGGAGACCAAGGAGGGAGAGAAGUCCGACAACCUGUGGGGCGAGGGUGAUGGCGAAGGCGAAGAAGACUUCCUGUCCAACCUGUCGGCGAACAAGGGGGCGAAGACGGACAGUCCCUUCCACUUGCUCGCGGAUACUGACACCACAGUGGAGAAGUCCAUCACCAAGGCGUUGAUGCUCGGAAACUUUGCGAAGGCCACGGAGAUCUCCCUCAAGGAGGAGCGCUGGGCAGAUGCUUUCCUCAUCGCUAACUGUGGUGGCCAGGAGCUGGUGGACAAGGUACAGUCUGCCUACCUCGCCAGCAAAGACGGUGUUCCCAGCUACGUCCGGCUCCUUGGCUCUGUCAUCACUAAGAAUCUAUGGGAUGUGGUCUACAACGCCGAUCUUGAGAACUGGAAGGAGAGCAUGGCCAUCUUGUGCACGUUCUCAGACCCCAAAGAGUUCCCCGAUCUCUGCGAGGCCCUUGGAGAUCGCAUUCUCGAGAGCGGCUCCCGUAAGGAUGCAUCCUUUUGCUUCCUUGUUGGAUCGAAGCUUGAGAAGGUUGUCUCCAUCUGGAUUACGGAACUCGAGGAGGCCGAGCAAGCCGGCGUGCAGGAGCCCAGUGACGACUCGACAUUCUCCGUCCAUGCACGUUCGCUGCAGCACUUCAUUGAGAAGGUCACCAUCUUCCGCCAAGUCACUAAAUUCCAAGACUCCGGAAAGGAUCAGAGUGCCGACUGGAAGCUGUCAGCUCUGUACGAGAAGUACACGGAGUACGCCGACAUCAUUGCCGCUCAUGGCCAGCUGGCUGUGGCGCAGAAGUACCUGGAUCUGCUGCCCAAGGACUACCCCCAAGCCGAGUUGGCGCGAAGCCGCUUGGGACGUGCAACCCAGAAGGGCGCGGCCGCUCAGGCUGCGCCCAAGCCGGUUUCUGGCCGCAGGCCUGGUCAACCUCCUGUCGUUAGCAACCAGCGGGCCACUCCGGCCUACCAGCCUACGGUCCCCACUCCGACUCCUGGUAGCUCCAACCCGUACGCGCCGGCAGCCCCGUCUCUCGUUACCCCACCUGCCCCGGCAGCUCCGUCAAACCCCUAUGCCCCGGCCACCCCGGCCAUCGGUGGUUACACCCCUGCUGCCACCCAGGCUCCUUACGCCCCGGCCCAAGGCUAUCAGCCUCCGGCAGCCCAGCCCUACCAAGCGCCCUCGGGCUACGGACCACCGCCCAACAACUUCGGCGCCGUGCCGCCGCCUCCCCGUAAUUCUACGCCUACUUCCACUUUCCGCCCGAAGGAGAGUUGGAAUGACGUUCCGUUGGUUGCUAGGGCACCUCCUUCCAGGAAGACGACUCCUAGCGUUGCUGCCAUCACUUCGCCCUUCCCUAACCAGGGCAGCCAGCCGGGUCCUCCUCAGAGCCCUUACGGACGCACUGGCUCGACUCCUCCCCCGCCUCCUCCUAAGGGCCCGGCACCACCCCGUGUUACGUCUCCCCUGGCCGGGCCUCCUCAAACUUUCCAGGGGCCGCCGAGGCCGACAUCGGCUGCCUCAAAUGCGUAUACCCCUCCGCCGCCCCAGCCUGGCGCAGCUCCUUCUAUGGCGCCGCCUCCCAUGCCUCGCACCGCGUCGCCGUACAACCCUGCUCCAUCAAGCGCACCCCCGUCCAACCGCUACGCGCCUGCUCCUUCCGCUCAGCCGCAGGCCAGCCAGCCGCCCCUGGGCUCCUCUAUGCCUCCUCCCGGGAGCCAGCCGCCGCCAAGGAACCCCUACGCGCCGCCGCCCCAGUCAAACACGCCACAGAACCAGUAUCCGCCUCAGUCGUACGGGGCUCCCUCCGCCGGUGCACCGCCGCCCGCCGCAACCUCGAGACCUCCUACCGGACCUCCUCCCUCUAGCGGGCCGCCACCUGCAGGCAGAGCCCAGCCUACGCCUCCCCCCCCAAAGGCAGCAGCUGCUCCGCCCAAGCCCAAGCACCCUGCUGGUGACAGGUCUCACAUCCCGGCUCAUGCCCAGCGCUUGGUUGACGUUCUCAGCUCGGACAUGCAACGUGUAGCCUCCCGGGCGCCUACUUCCUUUGCCGCCCAGGUCAAGGACACACAGAAGCGCCUCAACCUGCUGUUCGACCACCUCAACAACGAGGAGUUGGUCAAGCCUGAUACGAUCGACCAGCUUUGUGCGUUGGGUGAGGCCAUCGAGCAGAAGAACUACGAGGUGGCCCACAGGAUCCAGGUCGAGAUCCAGCGGGACAAGACGGACGAGUGUGGCAACUGGAUGGUUGGUGUGAAGCGCCUGAUCAGUAUGAGCAAGGCCACUCCAUAA